AUGUUUGUCGCAAGAAGCAGUAAAGUCUUGAGGCUUGCAUAUCCAAAUUUGCAGCGAUGUAGAAUUAUUAUUCGACCAAUGUCAAAUUCGAAGGAUGCUCCAUCUAAAGAAGACGAAGAACUUAAGAAAAUGUGGGAUGAAGAAUUCAAGGAUUUUAAAAUGAAGCAAAUGAAGUUCCAAGAAAAGGAUGCAGUUCCAAUACACUUGAAAUGCGGCGCAAGAGACAAAAUUUUGUUCUUCAUAACAAUCAUAGCUGCCUUUUUUGGAGUAACAAAUACCAUUGGAUUUGUGUAUAACAUGGCAUGUCCCGAGAAGAAUAACCAGGAUCUUGAUUGA